AUGGCGCUUACCGAGGCCUUCGCCCUAGGUGCCGCGCCGCCCGUGGCGCCUGUGAGCAGGUGCGCACGCGGCGAGACUUCCUUCGGCAGGGCCUCGGGGCCUUGGCACGCCAUGCCCGAAGCCUCGGAGCGAGGGAUGCCGCCGGUGCUUGCCGUGGCUGCCACUGCCUUGUUGACAGGCGCCCUGGCGAAGAGACGGAUGGCGGACGCUCGGGCGGCCGCAGUGGCGCUGAGAGCCAAGGUCACCUUGAACGAGCCGUUGUUCAGCGAGGAGGCCUGGUCAGAUGACGUUCCCAGUGAGCUGCGGGUGCAGGACCUGGAUAUCGGGCAGGAGCUUACGGGCAUCGUCGUGAGAGUUGUGGAGGAGCUCGGAUGCUUCGUGGAUGUGGGUGCCGACAGACAGGGGCUUGUUCAUCGGUCCAAGAUCUCGAAGAGCUAUGUCCCCGUGCUUUCAGAGGCAGUGCAGACGGGCCAGACUGUCAAGGUUUGGGUCCGAGCAGUAUCCCCGCAAGGCCGCCUUGACCUCACCAUGGUUGAUGAGAAUGCCGAGGACGAGAGCCUCAGGCCUUUCAAGGAGGUGAGCGCAGACGAGUGGUUCGAGGCAGAGAUCACCGGGCUGAGCAAUGCCGGCGCCUUCGUGCGAGUCCAACCCCCUGGUGGCGGUGAGUUGGUGGACGGCUUCAUCCCCAUAAGCCAGAUCCAGGAGGGCUUCGUGGAGCACCCAGCUGAUGUCCUCGAGGUGGGACAGACAGUUCAGGCACGAGUCACCGACGCGACUUCGAGGCUCAAGCUUUCGAUGCGGAAGGUCUUCGCCAGGCUUCGCUUGGAAGAUCAGGACGUGUCAUCGCUUCUUGACGUCUCCCCAGACACGUGGUUCACUGGCACGGUGGACCAUGCAGCUCCCUUUGGAGUGUUCGUGAAGAUCCCCUUUCCGGACAACUCGGGAGAGGGCAUGGGCCUCGUUCACAUCUCGGAAAUCCGAGAUGGACGGGUUGGGGACCCAGCGGCCGAAGUUGAUGAGGGACAGGAAGUCCAAGUCAGAGUGAUCCAGGUGGACCCCGGCACGAAGAGGAUCUCCCUGUCAAUGAAGCCCAUGCCUGAAGCAUACUGA